AUGGUAGCUACACGCAGCGUUCGCGUGGCUAUGCUCAAUGCGGACAUACCGGUACCAAACGUCCGCGCAAAGGCUGCUUCAUAUGGUGCCAUCUUUCAAUCUCUAUUGGCAGCAGCCGCAUCGCGCAUCCGCUCCGGGACGAGCAUACACUCGUCAGAAUUCGACGUCGUCCAGGGCCAAUAUCCUGAGGAGCUUGCUGAUUUCGAUGCGAUUCUGAUUACUGGUUCGGCGGCUUCGGCACAUGAUGAUGCAGAGUGGAUUCGCAGGUUGGACGCCUACGUGCUGGACGUGUACCAAAACCACCCAAGGAUAAGAAUGUUUGGUAGCUGCUUCGGGCAUCAGUUGCUAUGUCAGAGCUUGCUCAGAGAGUUCGGUGUAUGCGUCGAGAAGGACCCGAACGGUUGGGAACUGGGCGUGCAGGAGAUAACGCUCUCGCCGAGGUUCUGUGAAGCUGUCGGCAGAGGUCAAAGUGAUUCCCAGUCACUGCGGCUGCAGUUCGUGCACGCCGACCAUGUCAAGAUCCCCGAACCAGAGCGUUGGCCAGAUAGCUGGAUAUUGGUGGGAAGCACAAGCCAUUGCGUCGUCCAAGGAGUAUACGAGCCAGAAAGGGUCCUCACACUGCAAGGCCAUUUCGAGUUCGAUCGUUUCAUCAACUCGGAGACUUUGAAAGUGUUCGGCGCAGCUUGGGAGCCAUGGCGGUUGGAUCAAGCUCUCAAGGCCGUAGAUGCCGACGAUGACGCGGAAAGGGCAGCUGAAAUGGUGGCUCGAUUUUUGACAGAGGGUCGCAGCAACAGAGAUGCAUACGACUCUGUAAAUGGUCUCUUGACACCCCCUGUUGAGUUCCCAGAGUGA